GCAGGUUCUCACGGAUCCCAGAGGAUUUACAGACCGCCUCGGCAUCCCGAAGCGUCGCGCCCCGCCUCGUUGCCUUGCUGCUUGCGUGACUUCUGCACAAGCGAUCAUCGCCAAACCGAAAGCAAGCAGCGUGUUUGGCCCAGCCAGAGAUAGCUAUCACGCACACCUUUUCUACCACCAACCGCGCCCCUCGAAAGCUUCCCAUCGCCCUGAGCAAGGAGAUAUACACCUCGAGGCAUCAUGACGCGCAGGAGUGUCUACGCUGUGGGCCUUGUGUUCACGCUGGUCUGUACUGCGAUGACAGUCGCCAGUAUCGCCAUGCCGAGAUGGGUGUCUUACCGCCCUAACGGCGAAAGAGAAUACUCGUACGGCCUCCACUCGCGCUGCUCCGCCAAAACAGGCCACUGUGUCCCCUUCCCUCGCACCUCCGACUGUGGCAAAGAUGCCUCCUUCUGCAACAUGUGGCGCACCGUUGGCUUCUUGAUGAGCUUUGGCGUAGUCGUUGAGCUGUGCACGCUGGUCAGCUUCGUGGUCAUCGUGUCUGGCGGCGUGCAGAGGAGGGUGCAGGGCUGGGGCGUCGUAGUGGGUGUGUUGAUAUUCAGCGCCAUCAUUCAAGGCGCUGGUAUGGCUAUUGUGUCAUACGUCUUCGAUCACGAUGCACGAUUCUUCUCCGGAUUCCACCUCGAUUCCUCCUGGUCUAUGUGCACCGCAUCCUGGACACUCCUCGUCGCCACAGCGCUGGGCAUCACAGCAUCAGCAUACUACCUGCCAGCAGAGGGCGACUACGAGCUCAUCCCAGAAAUGGACAUUGAGCCAGACGACCAGCUACUCUCGCGUGUUGCAGCCUGGGAUAACGGCUACAAACACAUCGGUUUCCAAUACCAAAACGAACCCCCGGAACGAGAUCCAGAUAUGAUGAGCAUUGCUUCCUUCCAGAGCAGACAGAGCAUAUCGAAUUCUGUACGGUCGCCUUCGAUGUCGCGUCCAACCCGGUAGUCGAUCUACCCUCCUCACGACCACACCCUUCACGGUCGAUGAGCGAUGAUAUCCUUUGCAUGAGAGUGUAAUGGCGGUGUUUUGGCAUAGCGGCGAAAUGACUGCGUUUUGAGCGUUGUUUGGCGCUGGUGCGUUUCGUUUGAGUGAAUGAUGCGGCAUAUCUUUUAUUGUUAUGUGUAGCUUUCGCGCUCUUGCUUCCUAAUGAUACCCCUCUGCUACUCAUUCUGGUGGUUUUGGGCGAGUGACUUCUGGUUGGUACGUACUAUGAGCGUGGAAUUUGCAAUCGACAACUGUCUCGACACACAACCACCUGUCAUUUCAAAGCGCUCGAAGUUUUAUUACAUUAACAACAAGAUGCAGUUUUCACGUGCUGUAGGGAGCCUUUCUCCAUCAUAAGUUUGACUGACAGGAAGUACACUGCAUACCAGGAAUAUGAUCCCAU